UCAGUGUUUUUCUUCUAAAUUAUUUUCUAAUUUCAUAACUUAUACAUGCAAUGUGCAUUUAAAAUCACACUAAAAAUCCACUUAUAAAACUUUUCUUGAAAAACCCUUAAUUUUUUUUUUUUUUUGGCUGCAAUUUUAGGCCUUUUUUUAAUUUAAGAUUUAAGAUUCUGGGUAUUUAAAAUAAUUGAAAAAUGGCUCGGAAAAAACGGAUGUCUAAACGUGAAGUUGAAGUAAGUGAGACGGUUGAGCUUGAAGAUAGCGAAGAUGAAGAUGAGGAUCUAGACAAGUUUGAGAAUGACGGUUUCAUAGUGAAUGAUGUUGAUGAUGAUGAUGAAGAGGACAAGGCAAACUUUGAUAAUGGGAAGCAAAAGAAGAGAAAGAAGAAGAGAGAAUCAAGAAGGCCUAUGGUUCUUGAUGAUGAUGAUUUGGAGCUCAUCGAAGAAAACACUGGAUCUCGUCGACCAAAACCUGAGGGAAGUUAUAAGCGUUUGAAGAAAACAAGAAGUGGUGCUGAUGAAGGACCAUCAGGGGUUUUUGAUGAUUUAUUUGGGGCCGAUGAUGAUGGCAGUGCAGAAGAAGAUGAAAUGGCUGACUUCAUUGUAGAUGAUGAUAUGGAAAUAAAAGAAAAUGUUGAUUCAGCAAGGGGGCAUAAUGUUAAGAAGAAAAAAUCCAAAUCAGCAUCUGGGGUUUCUUCUCGUGACGUAUAUCGUGACCUUGAUGACCUUCGCACCAUGGGACUCACUAAAGUUAGCAAGUUUGACGAAACCAGUGAAUCGAAGGAAGCGAAAGUUGAAGAUGAAUUUGAACCAAUCGUUAAUUCUGAGAAGUACAUGACCAAGAAGAGCGACCUGAUUUUGAAGACAGACAUUCCUGAAAGGAUGCAGAUAUCUGAGGAACUUACUGGCCCUCGACCAAAAGAUAAUGCAAGUAUAGAUAGAGAGAGUAGUUGGAUUCUCAAUCAGCUAAAAAAGUCCAAUGGAGGCAGAACAACUGAAGAAGGAAAUGAAAAUGAGUCCUCAAUACUUAAGGAAGAUGUUAAGAGGUUUUUGGAGCUUGUACAUAUUGAGAAACUAGAUGUGCCAUUCAUUGCUAUGUAUAGGAAGGAGGAGUGCCAAAGCUUGUUUAAGGAACAAGAAGUACAGGACUUGGAGAAUCAAUUUGAUUCUGACCAAAAACCAUCUCUGAGGUGGCACAAGGCACUCUGGACUAUCAUGGAGUUAGACAAAAAGUGGUUAUUACUUCAAAAACGAAAAAGCGCUCUACAGCUGUAUUACAACAAGCGAUUCGAAGAAGACCGCAGCAUUUAUGAUGAGACGCGCAAUCACUUGGAUCAGAAGUUUUUUGAGUCAAUUAUCAAGUCUCUCAAAGUAGCCGAGACUGAAAAGGAAGUUGAUGAUGUUGACUCAAAAUUUAACCUUCACUUCCCCCCAGGUGAUGUUGUGGAUGAAGGAGAAUAUAAAAGACCAAAGAGAAAAUCAAGGUAUGACAUGUGCAGUGAAGCUGGACUGCGGCAAGUUGUUAACAAGUUUGGUUAUACCCCUGAGGAAUUUGGAUUAUUCAUUUCCCUUGAACAAAUGAGAGAUGAUUUAGAGGAUGACACUGAAACACCAGAAGAUGUGGCAUCAAGGUUUACAUGCUCAAGUUUUGAGAAUCCGCAAGCCGUGCUUGGAGGUGCUAAGCAUAUGGCUGCAGUUGAGAUUAGUUGUGAGCCGUUUGUUAGGAAGCAUGUUCGUAGCAUCUUUAUGGAUAAUGCAACAUUAUCAACAAGUCCAACUGCUGAUGGAAAGUUGGCCAUAGAUGCUCAUCAUCAAUUUGCAGGGAUCAAGUGGUUGAAGGACAAACCUCUGACAAAGUUUGAGGAUGCACAAUGGCUUCUUAUUCAGAAAGCUGAGGAGGAGAAACUUAUCCAAGUUUCUUUAAAGCUUCCUACACCUAUUCACGACAAAUUGAUCAGUGAUGCCCAUGUUUCUUACCUUAAUAAUGGCGUGAACAAGUAUUCUCAGUUGUGGAAUGAACAACGGAAGCAGAUAAUUAAAGAUUCGUUUGAUGGUUUACUUUUACCUUCUAUGGAGAAAGAGGCACGGGCCUUAUUAACCAGUAAGGCGAAAAGUUGGUUGCUGAUGGAAUAUGGAAGAUUACUCUGGAACAAAGUCUCUGUAGCACCGUAUAAGAAGCAGGGACUUGAUGGUAAUUCAUCUGAAAAUCCACCUAGGGUUAUGGCAUGCUGUUGGGGUCCUGGCAGGCCAGCAACCACCUUUGUGAUGUUGGAUUCUUUUGGGGAAGUUCUUGAUGUAUUAUCUGCUGGAUCUUUAAGCGUACGGGGCCAAAGUGUUAAUGACCAGCAACGCAAGAAAAACGAUCAACAACGCAUUUGGAAGUUCAUGGCAGAUCACAAACCCAGUGUUGUCGUUCUGGGAGCUGUGAGUGUGCCGUGUAGCCGGCUGAAGGAGGAUAUAUAUGAGAUUAUUCUGAAGGUGAUUGAUGCUGACUCUGGCAUGGAUGGUCUAAACAUUGUAUAUGGUGACGAGUCUCUUCCUCGCUUGUAUGAAAAUUCAGAAAUAGCAUCAGAGCAGCUUCAAUCUCAAUCUGGGAUUGUUAAGCGUGCUGCUGCCCUUGGACGUUAUCUUCAAAAUCCAUCAGCAAUGGCUGCAACUCUUUGUGGGCAAGGGAAGGAAAUACUCUCCUGGAAACUUACUGCUUUAGAAAGCUUUCUUACUUCUGAUGAGAAGUAUAGGAUAGUUGAACAAGUUAUGGUGGAUGUCACUAACCAAGUUGGGCUUGAUAUUAAUUUGGCUAUAUGUCACGAAUGGUUAUUUGCUCCCCUACAGUUCAUUUCCGGGCUGGGACCCACAAAGGCGGCUUCUUUACAACGUUCGUUGGUGCGGUCUGGCUCUAUAUACACUCGAAAGGACUUAUUAAACCAUGGUCUUGGUAGGAAAGUUUUCAUAAAUGUUGUUGGUUUCUUACGUGUUCGGCGAAUCGGAAAUGCUGUGAGUAGCAGUCAGUUGAUUGAGUUAUUGGACGAUACAAGAAUCCACCCAGAAGCAUAUUGUCAUGCACAGGAGUUAGCUAAAGAUAUUUAUCGUGCAGAUGUAAAUGAAGAUGUCAUCGAUGAUGAGGAUGAUGAUACGAUCGAGAUGGCUUUGGAGCAUGUGAGACAAAACCCUAAUCUAUUGAAGAGUCUCGAAGUAGAUACAUACGCCAAAUCCAAGAAACUGGAAAAUAAGAAAGACACAAUUGGUCUUAUAAAACUUGAGCUGAUGCAUGGUUUUCAGGAAUGUCGAAGAGAAUUCGUGGAACCGAGCCAAGAUGAAGAGUUUUCCAUGAUUUCAGGAGAGACAGAUAACACUCUUUCUGAAGGAAGAAUUGUGAGGGUCACAGUUCGCCGGGUGCUACCCCAGAGGGCAAUAUGUAGUCUUGAUUCGGGGUUGAGUGGUAUGCUUAACAAGGAAGAUUUUAGUGAUGAUUGUCAGGAUGAUGAGUUGACUGAUAAGUUGAAGGAAGGUCAAACUUUGACUUGUAAAAUCAAGUCAAUCAUGAAAGAUAGAUACCAGGUUUUUCUUAGCUGUAAGGAAAGUCACAUGAGGAGGAAUUGGUCUUCUGAGAAUGAUAAACCCGUGGAUCCUUAUUUUAAUGAAGCUCGUGAAACUUCAGUAACUGGAAAUGAAAAGCCUAAUAAAUUGAAAGAUAUAACAAAGAAACUUUUUAAACCAAGAAUGAUUGUUCAUCCUCACUUCAAAAAUGUUACUAUAGAUGAGGCAAUAGAGUUGUUGUCCGAGAAAGAACCUGGUGAGAGUCUCCUCCGUCCUAGCUCUCGUGGACCGUCAUAUUUAACAUUGACUCUCAAAGUUAACAAUGGGGUGUAUGCUCACAAGGACAUCCUAGAAGGUGAAAAAGAUCACAAGGAUAUCACAAGCUUGCUUCGCCUUGGGAAAACACUAAAAAUAGGAGAGGAUGUAUUUGCAGAUCUUGAUGAGGUAAUUUCUCGAUAUCGUGAUCCUUUGGUAGCUAAUCUGAAGAAAAUGCUAGGUUACAGAAUGUUUAAGCAUGGGACAAAAGCUGAGGUAGAUGAGAUUUUGAGGAAGGAAAAAUCUGAACACCCUUCGAGAAUUGUUUAUUCUUUUGGUGUAUCUCACGAACAUCCGGGCACAUUCAUCUUAACAUACAUACGGACUUCCAAUACACAUCACGAGUAUAUUGGGCUGUACCCAAAAGGGUUUAGAUUCCGGAAGAAUAUGUUCGAGGAAGUUGAUCGGUUAGUAGCGUAUUUCCAAAAGCACAUUGAUGAUCCCCGUGAAACGAUUCGUUCUGAGGCGACUGGUGGUUGGGGUGGAUCUGACAAUCAAGAUAGCGGUGGUCGUGGGCGAGGAAGAGGACGGGGAAGAGGAAGAGGAAGGGGGCGAGGAAGAGGAAGAGGCAAUGAUGAUGACAGUGAAAAUCAGGAUUCGGGUUAUGGAGGUGGUCAAACGUGGGGUUCUAAAGAUGAUUCACAAGAUGCUUCUGCUGGUGGCUGGGGGAGUGGCGGCGGUGGUGGUAGCAGCUGGGGUGGUGGUGGCAGUGGUGAUGCUGGUGGGGGUAGCAGCUGGGGUGGUGGUGGAAGUGGUGGAGGAGGUGGUAGCAGUUGGGGCAAGAAGAAUAGCGAUGCUGAUGAUAAUGUGGAUCCAGGUAGUGGUGGGUGGGGUGGUAGUAAGAAGAGUACUGAAGCUGAAGGUGGCGGUGGAUGGUCUAGUGGCGGUGGUGGAAGUUGGGGGAAGAAAAACAGUGAAGCUUCUGGUUCAGAUGAUACCAAAGCAGAUGAUAAUUCUGGGUGGGGUGGCAGUAAGAAGAGCGCUGAUGCAGGAGGAACUGGUGGAUGGUCUGCUGGUGGUGGUGGCGGUGGAAGCUGGGGGAAGAAGAAUAGUGACGCUUCUGGUUCAGGUGAUGCCAAUUUGGAUGCAGGUAGUGACGGGUGGGGUGCUAGUAAAAAGACAAGUGAAGCCGGAGGGAGUGGCGGAUGGUCUGCUGGCGGUGCUGGUGGAGGAGGUUGGGGGAAGGAGGAUACUGUUACUUGUUCGGGUGACGCCAAUGUGGAUGCAGGUAACACGGGUUGGGGUGGUGGUAAGAAGACCGAAGCAGGUGGAAGUGGUGGGUGGUCUAGUGGUGGUGCAGGUGGAGGAGGUGGAGGAGGUGGUGGAAGUUGGGGAAAGAAAAAUAUUGGUGCUUCCGAUUCAGGUAAUGCUGACGUGGAUGCAGGUAGUGGUGGGUGGGGUGGCAAGAAGACCAGUGAAACUGGAGGAAGUGGUGGAUGGUCGGGUGGUGGUGCAAGUGGUGGAGGCGGUAGCAGUUGGGGUCAGAAGAAUAGUGGUGCUUCUGGUUUUGGUGAUGCUAACAGGGAAGGAGAUAGUAGUGGAUGGGGCGGCAACAAGAAAAGCACAGAGCAACCUGAAUCGGGAGGAAGUGGUGGAUGGUCUGGUGGUGGCAGUUGGGGGCAAAAAACUGGUAACACUUCUGGUUUUGGUGAUGCCAAUAAGGAUGCAGAUAAAAGUGGUUGGGGAAGUAGCCAGAAAAACACAACACAGUCUGAAGGAGGAGCUAGUGGUGGAUGGUCUGGUGGCGGUGGUGGCAGUUGGGGGCAGAAGAAUAACAAUGCUUUUGGUUCAGGUGAUGGCGAUGCAGAUAAUUCAGGAUGGUCCAGUGGUGGCCGUGGCGGUGGCCGUGAUGGUGGUCGUGGCCGUGGUGGAUGGUCUGGUGGUGGUCGUGAUGGUGGCCGUGGCCGUGGUGGAUGGUCUGGUGGUGGCCGUGAUAGUGGUCGCGGUGGUGGACGUAGUGGUGGUUGGUGAUUGUAAUUAACUAAUUGUUGGAAGAUCUCUGUUUACCUCAUCUUUAACUUGACUUUCAGAAUGUGUAUUUUGAACUUAAAUUCUGCUCUUUUAAGUUUAAUCAAAUGCAAAUGCAACACUCCCAUAUGGAA